GGAAAAACUACACGACCAUCCAGACCAGCUCCAACACUCAGGCAGGCCGGAGACACAGUGAAAGAUGAUGAUGAUGAUGCAGUCUGGCCUUGAUGACAUGACGAAGCAGAGGAUGAUGCAGGCUAAUGCUCUGUGUAAGGAGGCCAGGGGAGUGGGUCUGAACCUCGGGAAGAAGAUCAGCGUUCCAAGGGACGUGAUGAUGGAGGAGCUCAACCUUCAGUCUAAUCGAGGCUCUCGCAUGUUCCAGGAGAGACAGAGGAGGGUGGAGAGGUUCACACUGGAGAACAUGGCUAAUGGUGCCUACAACACCAACAGUGUCCACAAGGAGGACGUUUCUCCCCCACAGUUCGUCGCUGAGCCACAGGGAGGAAAAGAGAACCAGGCUUUCUCCGUCCCUGGUAAGCAUAGCCUGGUCAUGAACCUUCAGAAGACUGUAGCAAAGAAGGGCAGUCCUGACGUCCUCGCUCCAGGAUAUUCUGGCCCCCUGAAGGAAAUUCCGCAUGAGAAAUUCAACACAACAGUCAUCCCCAAAUCCUACAGUUCCCCAUGGAGCCAAGCUUUGGGAGACGGCACAAAGCUCCUGGAGGCCCUCAAAACCCAGCUGCCCCAGCUCCCACAAAGACAACAGUCUUCCAACUACAGGUGCUUCAACAGAUCUGCCAUGCCGUUCAGUGGAGGUUUGGCCAGUGAGAGGGUGAUCCCAUUGAUUGGCUUCGAGGCAGUGGAAUCCAAGAACUUGCCCGGCGUCGCUCUGGAACGCAUGUGUCGACGGCCCAACUUCAACAGAGCACCCAGGGGAUGGGGGACUGAUUACAAGCCUGAAUCUAAUGAACUAUGAAAAGGGGGCUGAUCAGCUAGAGACUGAAGCACUGACCCAUGUUUGCUGCUCUCUUCCUACUAAGAUGAUCCCUCUGCUAAUCGGUGGGCGCUGCAAGAGAGACAAAAACACUACUGCAUGAUAUUUAAAAUGCAUGGUUUGCUACUGCUGCGAGGGUUUGACCCGAUGAGCUAAACUCAGACUGCUGAGUCACUUCAUUACCACAGUAGAGUCUAACAGUGCUGCCACAGGUUGAACAGCUCUGUUUCCCUUUGUCAUCCUUAGCGGUAUCUGAUCCCGUCAAUGUCAAGACCUGACACCCUUCUUUUACCGCUCGGUCUUCAUCUGAUAAGUUUCACACUGUGACUUUACAUCUUUUUCCCCCCCAUGUCUCUCCUAUUAUGUGUGAGAUUAAUAGGAAAUAACCCUGGCCUGAAACAAUACGAUUAUUAAUGAAAAUAAUGUACUCUGCAAUGAUCAAUGACAAAAUUGCGUCAUUUUAAUGAAAAGUGAAAAGAACAUUUAAAGAAAGCAUUACAAUAAACAAAGUCAUUAUGCUGUGGGAUAUUAAGAUUGUGUCAAAUAAAAAAGUAACUG